UUAAACCUUUCCUUCUUCACGAAAACAUCUUACUCUCUUUCUCUCACACACAAAUCAAGCAAUGUCGACGAGCCACCUGAACCGUCAGAUCUUGAUCCUCCUCGUCUUUUUACUUCUCUCCGCUUCUGAAGAAAACCGGAUGACAUCAAGAAACUUCCCGAGGGUUCACCACCCGUAUUACGUGACUGAUCCUAACGGUUCUUGCAACUCUUUUUCUGGUACGUACGCGCGUUCUAUGUGCCAUGAGCUUCAAAGAAUCCACCACCAUAGCAGCCGGAGGCAGCCAUUUGCUCCCGCUCCUCCGCUGGAGAUUGAUCCAAGGUACGGCGUCGAUAAAAGACUCGUCCCCUCCGGUCCAAAUCCUCUUCACAACUAACAUACAUAUGUAUAGAGAG